CCGACGUCGUUUUAUUAUAGCCGUCCUUCUCUUCUCUAUUCCUCCUCCUCCGUCUGCUAUCCCGCUUGUGACAAGGUGCUCUACCAGUGGGGAAGGCCUCGUCUGUUGUCCAUGAGUAUCGAGAUUUCAUUUUUGUCUUGAAAAAGCCGCGCUUGGGAACAACAUAAAUUGUCACCAGCAAUUCCUCUUCAUGGAUUUGCUGGACAUGCUUAAGCGCAAGAAGAAGCCGGACAAAGAACCUCAACUUCCUGUAUUCUGGUUCGAAACAUCUAAUUCCGUUUGUCGCCGGUUCCAGUUUGAACCCGAUGGCCCACUCUCUGUAAAGCUUGUAGAUGACUCUAGACCAAUAUAUCACAGGAUGGUGGAGUCUUUCCUAAAUAAAUUUUUCCCCUCAGGAUAUCCAUAUAGUGUGAAUGAGGGCUUCCUUAGAUAUACACAGUUUCGAGCACUUCAGCAUGUUACCAGUGCAGCACUAUCGGUGCUGUCAACUCAGUCACUGCUAUUUGCUGCAGGCUUGCAGCCCACCCCUGCUCAGUCAACUGCUGUUAGUUGGAUUUUAAAGGAUGGAAUGCAACAUGUAGGGAAGCUAAUAUGUAGUAAUUUGGGUGCACGAAUGGAUUCAGAGCCUAAACGUUGGAGAAUUUUUGCUGAUGUGCUCUAUGAUUUAGGCACCGGCUUGGAAGUGCUGUCUCCUUUAUGCCCGCAUCUUUUUCUUGAAAUGGCAGGCCUAGGUAAUUUCGCAAAGGGGAUGGCAGUUGUUGCAGCAAGAGCGACUAGGUUGCCUAUUUAUUCUUCAUUUGCCAAAGAAGGAAACCUUAGUGAUCUAUUUGCUAAAGGGGAGGCUAUUUCAACUCUCUUUAAUGUUAUUGGAAUUGGUGUUGGAAUUCAGUUAGCAUCUACUGUCUGUACUUCAAUGCAAGGGAAGUUGGUUGUGGGGCCUCUCCUUUCAAUUUUACAUGUAUACAGCGUGGUUGAAGAAAUGAAAGCUACUCCUGUCAAUACCUUGAAUCCACAAAGAACCGCAAUGGUUGUGGCCGAUUUUCUUCAGGCAGGGAAUGUAUCCAGUCCUGCUGAUAUUAGAUACAGAGAAGAUCUGUUAUUUCCUGGGCGACUCAUAGAAGGCGCCGGAAAUGUUAGAGUGGGUAGGACUUUGCACAAGGCCGUUAAGCCUUCAAAGCUCCGUGAAAUAAAACAAUUAUUCCCUGAGGAGAAGUUUCUCUUAAAUGGUGGAGAUAAAUGCAUUGACAUGGUGUUGGAGCAUGAUGCUAGUGGGGAGGAUGCAUUGAGAGGCUGGUUGGUUGCGGCAUAUGCUGCACAGAUGACCAAGUCCUCUCGAGAUCUCGGUGCCAGAACCCUGCAAGAGGCCUAUGACAAAAUGAACGAUGUAUUCCCUGUAUUUCUAAGAGCGUUACAGAACAGAGGAUGGCAUACUGAUCGUUUUCUGGAUGGUGCUGGGAGUCGCUUUUCAUUGUAGCGAUAAUGCUAUGUUUGCCUUCAGGUUUCACCCAUUUCUGUGGCUGCAUCUGAAUAUGAUGCGUGGCGGUAGGUGUAGACUCUCAACAGUGUUUUGCGCGGAUUAAAGAGAUAGGAAAACAUUUUUGGUAGCUGAUCUUUUUUUUAACAUCCCAGAUUAAGGCAUAGAUUUUUUUGCCCCCCAGUAUUUCUGAUUGAAGCAAUUAAGAGCUUCUUUGGUCCCUAAAGUUUCCUUGAAUGUUGGGGAACAAUUAAUAAUUAAUUAUUUUAGUGGAGAAUAUAUACUGUUUAUGAGAGAUGAGGUGACGAGGCAUAAUUCUAAGCUGCCUUCUUGUGCAUU